GACCCUCCUCGGGGCAGGACGAGCCUCUCCGGAAAGCAUGGUCCUCGAACUUCUCCGCCUUUAGAACGUCUCAGCUUCCAAGGAGGAAUGGCGAGGUUUCUGCUCUUGGGGCUUCUGGUCGUCCUGUGUGGCCACUCGUCCGAAUCUACGUGUGCGGACUCCGCCGUGGCCAACGCCGUAGUCGUGCCCGUGAAUUCGGAGGAGCGAGCGCUUUACUGCGUGGAGGAAACCUUGAAAUGGAGCACGGAUGACACGGUUCUUCUGUCUCAAUGCGUCGAUGGACAGUGGACUACGCCCGAAGCCACGUGCAGUACAGCGAGGGAGCCCGUAGCCUGCGACUCGCCCUUCCCGCGUCCCAACAGCACUGAGGAGCCGACGGAGAUCCGACACGAAACGUCCAAGGCGGUCAUCGCGGUCUAUUACAGCUGCUCGUCCCCGGGUGCCUGGCUGUCCGGUGCCCACGGUCGGGUGUCCCAGUGCCAUAACGGGCAAUGGACGCCGGUUCAUGAUAUCUGUGAUAGUGUUUGUUCGAUUCCUCGCGACUGCUACGAAGUGGCCGACUUGGGAUUCAACACCACUGACUUGUACAUCAUCGUUCCGGACGGAGAAUCCUAUGAAAAUAGCGUUGAGGUGCUGUGCGAAUUGGAGGCCACCGCCGAGAAAGCGGAGGGCCGGUGGACGACGGCGCUGUGGCUGGCGAAGGCCGACCCGACUCACACUUCGGAAGAGUUCGAAGAUGGGUUCGGAACCCCGGCCUUCAAUUCAUCCUUGUCUUUUGCAAUAGGGGUAUCUAAUCUGACAAAACUUCACUACACACCUCAGUUGGAGGAACGGCCAUUGGUUUAUCAGUAUGUGAUCACACUGGCAAGUGGAGAGGUACAUCACGCAACAUACACCAGUGUGAUGAUUGAUGAUGACGAAUUCUUCUCCAUGUUGUAUGCGGAGGGUUACCAUGGCGACGCCGGAGAUUACUUGUUGCACUGCAAUCCGAUCGGGCCAAUGGCAGCGGAGUCAUGGGGGAGUUGUCCCCUGAUUACGAACGGUGAACUUUCGUGGGGAACGCUGGAGAACAUCGCUUCCAUUCAGCUGAGAGUUCGACCGAAGUUUUAUGACACUGCGACUUCCUGCCCAGCCCUGAGCAUAUCAGAGGUCGAAUGGCCAUUAUGGAACAACACUGAAGUCGACAUUCCCAUCUCACGAGGCCACGGGUCGGUCAUAACCUACGAGUGCAUAGGGGAGUACAUGCUGGAAGGGGCUGAGGGAGGCCAGAGGUCUGCGCGCGGUGCUCUGCUGUGCACGUCCAAUGGCGUUUGGAAUGCCUCUGUGACGCUCCCUUGCAAGCUCACUUGCCCCCCGGGUUUCUUCAAGUCGGGAAACAAAAAGGCUUGUUACAAGUUCUUGACGAGCGCUUCGACCUUUGGCCUCGAGUCUGCUGCUCUCCAAUGCAGUGGCUUCAACGCCUCCUUAGCGGUGGACUUUGAGGCGAGCGACUUGUCAGACGCGGCCGCUGGUUUCUACUACACAGGCUACACACAACGAGUCCCAACAUACCAGGAGGCGGUGGCGCCCUUGGCAGACCCCGACGCCGCCUACAACGCCUCGUGGCACCUCUGGCAGCGCCGCCUCUUCUCCGUCAGGGCGCAGCGCUACGCCGGCUACGGCUUGUGUCCCGACGGAGCGUGUUUUGAGGCGUCGACCACCCCGUCGUGUCUGCUCGUCUCCGCAGGCGCUGAGACGAAGACGGAAAACUGUUCAGCCUCGACCAGUCUGCCGAUGUGCAUGGUGCCAGCCAGCUGCCCUCCGGAGUUCGUGAAGCACCGGGGCCUCUGCUACCUCCUCCGCGCGCAGGAGACCGACGUCGCAGGGGCGCUGAGGGCGUGCACGCUGAAGGGAGCUUCACUGGCGUUUCCGAAGGACAUGGACACGCUUCUGUUCCUCGUGUCUCUGGUGGAGUUUAUGAUGACCAAUGUGUCGGCAACACCGCCUCUCACGCUGCACCUUGGGAUGAACAAUGCAGCAGGAGACUGGACUCUGGGCGGCCUAUACACGCCCACCAGCGAGGUCGUGGGCGCCAUGGGACCCACGCCCGCGGCAGAUCCUCCUCUGGCAUGGCGACUCCUCAGCGUCCCCGGGAGUGGCGAAGGCGAGCGGUUCUCCGUCACUGCGUCUUCGCUUUCGGACACCGCGACCCACGUCCUCUGCCAGCUCCAUGGCCCGAUCUGGUGCAAGAGCGAUCCUCCCUUGGCCACUUCCAACAUGACAUUGACAUGGAACGGAGAUCAUGUUGUAGGCACGUUGGCAGAAUACUCCUGCGCCCCCGGGUUCUUCAUGGACGGGAACAUCACCGUAAGCAACUGGACCAUGCAGUGUCUGGGUCAGCUGGGCGAAUGGUUCCCUCAGCCCUUACCCGAGUGCAGACAAGCCAAUGUAUGCCUGGAGGAAAUGCCAACAGUCCCUUCUCCCCUUAUAUGGAACACAACGGAUGAGAACGUGAGGUACUUGUACGGAACGGCCCAGUACUGGUGCCCCGAAGGCAUGGCAACAGCACAAGGCAUGGCCGUUCAGAACGUUACUUGCAGCCUUAGCCAAACCACUGGCGAAACCAUCUAUUCGUUCACGCCGGCCAUUUUGGAAGACUGUACAGUCUGCGCCUUGCAACCGACGGCAGGGAAUGCCACCACAGACUGGACGAACACCACCAGUUACGCUGUCGGGCAGACUGUCACAGCCUCGUGUAUAGCGUCGCACCACGCGCAGACUGGUCAAAACAGCAGUCUCGUUGAGUGCACAGAGACGGGGUGGGCAAAUGUCAGUGCUUGUUAUAAGGCGUGCGUGGACAGCCCCCCCGAAGCUGGGACCAAUAUGACUCGCGAGAAUUUCACAGACGACCACAUCGGGGUUGUUCUGUCGUACGAUUGCGCCCCUGGCUUCUGGCUGCAGACUGACCAGGAGAACCCAGCGCUCGCGAACCAAACCACCGUCACCUGCAACAGCGCCGGAGUGUGGGAGCCAGCAAGGACGCCUCUUCGGUGCGUCCCUCUGUGCACCGACGACCCCCCGGUGCCCCCCGACCCAGCUGCCAGCGACUGGGACGGAUACAACAGGUCCGUCGGUCAUCAGAUCGCGAUGACGUGUCCCGACGGUCAGCUGUUCGAGGACCUGAGCGCCGUCGUCGUCGUCGCCUGCGAAGCCAGCGCUCGGUGGACCAACGUUUCUGAGGGGCUUCUCGUCUGCACUCUCGCGACGAACAGCACGCCGAUCUUGCCAGCGAACCUGACCGCGGCCACGCAGGUCGGGUGGCCCAGCCCCCCGUACCUGGUCGGGUCGUCGUACAACGUGACCUGCGCCGCCGGCACGAUGACCCCGUCCGGCAAGACCUUCAUGACCACCAACCUCACCGCGGACGGCUGGACGGCCAUCGACUCCGACUUCAUUUGUUAUAAUGUGAGCGACGUCCUCCCCGCCGCCCUCUUGGACCUGUUCGAAGAGUAUGGCGUCGACGCGGCCUCCCUCGUCUCUGAGGACGGACUCACGGAGGUCACCUUCGGGAACAUGACCGUGUCCUUCGGCGACGCCCCUUACAUCGUGGGCUCGACCAUCUCCUUCCGCUGCAUCACCUGGAAGGCGACUCGGAGCGGGGAGACGUCCAUGACCGUCAUGUACACGCCCGACGGCUGGGAGGAGGUGGACCCCGACUUCGUCUGCAACAAAAUUUAUUAAGCUUCGGUAUGAGAUUCUAUCACAUAUGUUGGCGUUGUGAAAACGGAAUGAGGAGCCUUACCUGCGUGUUCCAAGGGAGGGUUUGCAGGUCCUGGGUUCCCCGGUGGCUGCUGCGCGUUCUCUGUGAAGAUAAGGCGAAGGGUCGUGGAUGGUGGGUCAUUGCUACUCCUUUGCUGAUGCUUGUGAUUCAUGAUAAACGUACAAGUGAUGUUUAAUAUGACGGGAAGUAAGAAACAAACAUUAAGACAGAUCUCGCCGCCUAUGAAGAGGAUAUGUAUAUGUCAACAAUACACUUCCGUCCUCCCAAGCUGUGCCUUCCUCUCUCAGUCCAGAGGAAACAGCUGUUCACACCUUCCUUGCCUGCCCAAGACUUUCUCUUCCGGCGAUCCAGCCCUUCGUCACGCCCGGAAGAAUGGACACCCAAGAUUUGGUACCAGGCACCUCCACCAGCAGGACAAGAAGUCGCUGGAUAUAAGGACGUCUCGUCAGGCAGAGAGGAGGGAGAGCACCAGAGGCAGACCGAGACCUAGCAGAGCAGUCACAGGACAGAAGGUCACCCUUCUCGCCUCGGCACUCGAGGCACGGGGUCACUCUCGGGGUCACACCAUUAUCUCCCAAUAAACUCCUCAAACAA